AUGAAUUUCGACAAGCUGGUGUCAGACGUUUUAGUAAAGGAAACCAUUCGCUACUGUGAACAGAAGGGGAGCCUUUUCACAACUUCGGAUGAUGAGAUGAGGACCUUUCUGGGAAUGAACCUAAUUAUGAGUUUGCCGGCACUGAUGAAUUACUCGUCGACUCUGCCUAAUCUGGGUGUUCCAUACGUUUACAAUGUUAUGCCACUUCACCGCUUUGAGCAAAUCAGGGGUGCCCUCCACUUUGCAAACAACGAGUGUCAGCCCGGCAGACGCGACCCAGAGUUCGACAGGGCUUACAAAGUGCGACCUCUGAUCACUCACUGUAAUGAGGCGUUUCAAGCGGUACUAGCCCCUACAAAGCUGCAGUCCAUAGACGAGCACAUGAUCAAAUUCAAGGGGCACAACAUCAUGAAACAAUAUCUAAAAAAUAAGCCUAUCCGCUGGGGGUUCAAGAUGUGGUGCCGCUGUGACUCCGAAACCAGAUACCUCUUUCAGUGA